AUGACUAGAAUAUUUCUGAGUUUAACGCGACGGCACCGCCCGCUGCCUUUGAUCAUCCAAGCCUCGUCGGCGAGAAACGCAUCAACGUCUCCCCGCCCACAGAACCGACUACCAGCAGCAUACUACCGCGGCGGGACGUCUCGAGCAAUCAUAUUUCGACAGCAAGAUCUCCCGAAAGACCGCACAGAAUGGGGUUCAAUUUUCCGAGGGGCAAUUGGAUCGCCGGACCCCAACGGUAGACAGCUUGAUGGUUUAGGUGGAGGGAUCUCUAGCCUCUCGAAGGUUUGCGUCGUUGGUCCAUCAGCACAUCCUGAUGCCGAUGUCGAUUACACAUUCGCGGCGAUUGGGGUUAAAGAUCCCGAUGUGGAUUAUUCCAGUAACUGCGGGAAUAUGACAAGUGCGAUUGGGCCGUUCGCGGUUGACAAUGGGAUGGUGGAAUGUGGAAAUGGCCAGGCAACGAUCCGGAUACAUAACACCAAUACGGGGAAGCUCAUACACUCUACAUUCCCGGUGGUGGCAGGGGAAGCGGUUGCGAAUGGUGACUUUGCUAUCGAUGGGGUUUCUGGACUGGCUGCCAAGAUUGAAUUGGCUUUCAUUAACCCUGCAGGCUCAAAGACCGGCAAACUCCUACCGACUGGAAAUGUUGCAGAUGUUUUCGAUGGCGUAAAGGCAACCUGCAUCGAUGCCGGAAACCCUUGCGUGUUUAUUGAGGCUUUCGACGACAUCGAAGGAAUCAUUCUCCCUGAUGAAUUUGAUGCACAUCCUUCGCUUCUGUUGAGACUUGAAUCAAUCCGACGGCAAGCAUCAGUAGCAAUGGGACUGAGUAAUGACGAAGCGUCUACUCCAGGUUCUAUCCCUAAGAUCGCAAUGGUCUCAAAGCCAAAAGCCCAUACCCUACUAUCUGGCGAACUUGUCGAUGAAGGUGUUACUGACCUGGUAGUAAGGGCUCUAUCUGUAGGUCAACCACAUCGUGCUAUUCCUAUCACUGUUGCAUUGGCUGUUGCUGCUGCUGCAAACAUCGAAGGCUCAACCGUGAAACGAUGCGUCUCAAGCGGGCGUGUUGAUCCAAAUGGAAUUACUCUGGGCCAUCCAACAGGGAAGAUUAUGGUGGGUGCUGAGUUUGACGAGCGUGGCCAUUUGGCACAUGCUACGGUCUUCAGAACUGCCAGGAGACUUAUGGAUGGGAUUGUCUAUUGGAAAUAA